AUGAUGUAUAAGCUAUUGAACCCCUUUAAGAGUAACCGAAACUCCAAGGUCAUCAUUGAUAAUGAUGACGACGACGAACUACCAAUUGAGAAACCUCCUCCAAGAUUGAAGCUCGUACGAAGGUCAAAAUCCACUUCGGUAUUACGACACCACACUAAGGGGAAAGUCAUUGGUCCCGGUAGUAAACAACAACAACAACAACAACAACAACAACAACAACAGCAGCAGCAAACGCAAACUCCCGGUGACACGUAUCAAUUUGAGGAUGAUAGCCAUACACCACCCCCUUUGUUACUUCUGAACAAUUCUACUCAAACAUCGCUUUCUUUCGCUGACUUUCUAUUAACCUUCAAUACCAACACCUCGUUGAUCAACCAAACAGACACGUUGAGAGAGCAACAGGAGAAACUCCGCAAAGAACGUGAAGAUGAGCUACUCCGUAUGAAAAAUGGCGGCGAACAUCGGAACUGGAUUACUUCGAAUCAGACUUCUCAAGAACAUUAUCAACAUCAGCUUUUACUUAUGAAUGCCACCAGAAGGAAGUCAGAUGUAGAAAAUAAUACCAUUAACAAUAUUAAUAAUCUCAACAAAAGACGGCUUUUAAAUAGAUAUCUGAUGGUAGAAACAUCUUCAUCACUAUAUCCCACUCCAGACGAUUCUCCUGUUCAAAUGAGAAACGGAGAAGGAGGAGGAGGAGGAAUUGCCCCGAAUGUCGACACACUUGGUUUACGGUCUUCUUCCUCAGUGUACUUAUCUGAUCUUCCUAAUCCUCCGGCGAAGAGGAACACAAGCCAACAAUCUUCAAAAUAUCUGAGUGACUUGGAAGCCGUAAAGAAAUCUGGCAAUACGGCGUAUUUUCGAAGAACAAGUGCCAAUGCGGCCAAAUGGAUGUCUCAGAUCGAUCCGGUUCUUCAGGAAGCUCAAUUGAAAGAUCAAAUAGUUCAAAGGACUGUUAGCGAUGGUUCUGAUUUUGAAGGUACCAAACCUUUAAGAAUAAAAAAGACUCUUGACCCUAAGACUCUGGUUCAUCCGUCUUCCGUUUCACCAAAACACUCCAUCAAGAGAAGACCACCUCCAGAUUUAGUAAUGCCAGAAGAUGAACAACCGAAUACGAUUAUUCAAUCUCCCUCAGUUCCAUCUCAUUCAGAACGAGACAUAGCAAACAUGCCACAUCCUAAUAUUACUGAUGAUGCCACUAAUUCUGAACGAUCUACUCAAGAUGAACUCCUUAAUUCUACUACUUAUUUUCGUUCUAAAGCCGUAUCAGAUUCCACUAUGAGGUCUUUUCUGGAAGAGAAGACCGACAUUGAGAGCCAAGGUGCUGUAGAUUCAAUACUUAACAAGUAUAAAGAUGAAUCGCCUCAAAAUCAAAAUCAAGACGACUUCAGGUUUACUACUACUAAUACUACUUCAGCAUAUGACAACAUUGAGGAGAUUCCUCUUGAAGAUAUGACUCCGACAACUGGAACCCCAACCAUUGUUACUACUGCCGACCAAGUAACCAACAACACCCCAGCAUUAUCUAUGCAGUCAAUGAAACUGCCUAUUCGGUUGAAUUUAGGAGGAGGACAUACACCAUUGGACAAUUUACACCUACAGUCACUUCAAUCCAGUCCUUUGAAGCCUCCUAGUGCAAUUUAUAGCAAGGAAAGUACCGCAUCUAAUUCAGCAGCGUCUUCAAUGGUUGCUGUUAAAGACGGCAAAUUGGGUCAUUUCCCUCAUACUCCUUUGAAUUUAGGCUCUCCUUCCACUAGCUCAAGUAAAAGUAUUCGAAAUCAACAAGAUAAUAAAGAUAUCUUCGCUAUAGAUGAUUCUGGUGAUGUUACAGAAACAAAUAUAGGUAACAAAGAUUUGCUUUUGGUCGACAAAGCCAAUGAACAACCACCUUCCGAUAAGAAACAGCUUUCGUUGACUGAACUGAAACUUAGUGACUUAAAAAAACAUGUUACUCGAGGUUCGAACUCGUUAGGAAUCGAAGGAACAUUGUUAAACAAAGACUUGCUUUCCACAGUUCGUCCUGUGCUGUACCUGGAAUACUCAAGGUCGGUGUCAUCUUCAAAAGAGCAAACCAAACGAUCUUCGGCAGAUUUCCACCCUAAAAUACAUCCAAGAGGUGGACUGGACUUUCAUCCUUCCAGACCUGCUCCUCCACCGCCAAUCACAGGAGGGAGCAGGGUCUAUGGCAAAGACCGAGCUCGUCCGCUUUCAAUGAGUGCAGCAUCAACAAGUAACAUAAAGGCAGUGAAGAAUAAUGAAGCCAUAGAUCACGACAAAGCAGAUGCAACUUUGGUCAAACCAGUGAAGAUUCCACAAGCUCCUGUCCAGUCUCCAAUUCCAAAGCCUGAAAUCUCAAACACUUCUAUUCGUGGUAUUGCUCCUGAAUUAGACAUAGAUAAACUGUUUCGAACAGACCAAAAUAAAGAUAAUAAGUUAUUAUUAGAUGAAGGUCCGGGUGUUGGUAGACUGAGAAAUAAUGAUACAAGUGAUUCCUUUGAACAUGAUUAUUCAACAUCACGAUUAAGUGCCAAAAGCUUUUUAUCUGUUGAAAAGCCUAUCUUAGAGGCAGUCGAUGAUGAAGAAGGUCAACCAUUAACCACAGUUUCUACUUCAAGCGAACUGUCUGUGGGGGGCCACGAUGAUUCAGGCUCGUUAAAUCCACGGGAUCAUAACAAUAUAGCAGCACAGACUGCUUCAGGUUCAGAGUUUCUUUCUCGAUUACCUUCUAUAAGAGAAAUUCUUUCUGGUAGAGGCAAGGGUGCAGAGAGUUCACCACAAUCAUUAAGGAGCUCCCACAAACAAGAUGAUGAUUUCGUUGGCGUAAGAGGUGAUAAGCAGGCUCAAACAUUCUCCACGUUGAAUGAAGAUGAAUUCACUACUCCAUUACAAACUCUUCAGUUUGCUGAGAGUGAAAUGAGCAAGAGAGCCCAACAGGAAGACGAAAGUAAAGAAAUUGAUGAACAAGAGUUGGGUAGGAAGUCAUCAUCAACAAUGAAGAUUAUCACUUCAAAGGCCAGAGAGUUGAUGACUGGAAAUAAUCUGCAUAAUACUUUUAAAGAAUCUUCAAUGAAUAUUGAGCCGGAAAGAGUCGAGCCAACAGACGCUCCAACAGACGCUUUAGCCAAUGAACCACGUGAUCAUCAAGCUGUUGGAGUGGAAUCUUCAAAUGAUAAGUCAGUAAGAAGACAUAAAAAUCGGAUUGUUAUACCUGGUGCUUUUGAAGCUACUGAUUAUGAAACUGACGACUCUCUGAAACAGAAUUCAAAUACCAGAGACCAUGAAUUCAUAACUCUGACCCCAAGAGUGGAAUCCCAUGAUCUUGAUGAUGUCAUUAAAAGUACCCAAGAGAUAUCUCCCAUUGUGAAUACAACUAUUGCCGACAAUACGUUUUAUGAAGAUGCAAUUGAAGAUCCUGGAAACAUUCCGCAGGUGAACAAUAUAACUUCAGCAAUAAGUGUAUUGCAAGACCAGAGAAAGAGUAGCGCAGAAACUGGAAGCAAGCCAAGUGGUUUGGAAUCAAUUGAUGGUGAUAAGUCGGUCGAUAAGUCACAAUCCACUGAUAAAGAUAACUCCUUCAGAUUCGAAGAGAGCCCUCCAUCUCCUUCAUUUAUCAAGUCAUUUGCAGGUGAGAGAACUCCACUGAAGGAUUGGCAGAAGCCAGCUACUCCUCAGGAGACAUUCUAUUCUGAUUCCGACUCUGAUAAUGUUACCCCCAACAACAAUAAGAAGGUUCCAUCAUCACCUACUUAUAUUAAGUCCAAGGUUGCCAAAAGAAGCACGGCUUUGCCUGAUACGAAGGCCGUUCCUGCAAUUGAAGUCCGUGGACCAAAGAAUAAUAAAGAUGAAGCUCGAAAAAGCAAAAGUACACCUAAUAGUAAUGAUAAUAUUAAGAUUAACACCCACAAGAAUCUACCACUGAUUCCUGGCCAGUUAUUGGACGCCAUAUCCGAAGUACUGUCUUUGCAGCAGUCGAACACACGACUUUCCUUAGAAAAGGAGAGUAAAGAUGAUAAUAAAGAAGUUAACGGAACCAAAACUAUUUCCAAUAAGUCAAGUGUUGUAUCAGGUGCUGUUGGAACCGUUGGAGCUGGAGCUGUUGGGACUGGAGCUACUGAAGAAGAUUAUACUCCUUCAUAUGCUUCUAUGAAAACCAAACAACACACCAAUCCCAAACCCGAUGGUUCUUUAGUGUCUGAAGUGAAUAGAUCAUCCAAUUCCCUCACACCAAAAUUAAGGAGCAUUCUUACUUUCCCCUCAAGAAGUAAGAGUCAGAGUCAGAGUCAGAACAGCCAGACAAUUCAACUGGAAGUAUCCAAUGAUGAAUCAUCUACCAAAAAGGUAGCUAGGAUCAAGAUCCAUAAAGUACAUCCAAGAAAGCGGUAUUCUGAUUCCUUUGUUCAUCUGAAAUCUUGGGUAGGAGGUGAACGUGACCAUGAACUAACCACCACCACCUUUAUAUCUCCUUCUUCUACCACAAAGAUUCCACACCGAUCUGCCAGUUCCAGGAACUCUCUUGAAUACGACACCAAAGAACAGGAGAAGAAGAAGAAGAUCAAAAUCAAGAGAAAUUCGUUGAAUGAACUUACGACACCCAAUCUCAGCAAGUUAAACCUGCGUGAGUUCACCAGGAACACAACUUCUAGAGAAGCAGCUUAUGAUAAUGAUUGGAAAACAACACAAGGCCAAGGUCAAGGUCAUGGUCAAGAUCAAACACAAUUCUCACUGUCCCUGGCACUGAAUUCUAAACCAAAGGAGUUGUUGUCUAAAGUUGUUGAUGUAGCCAAAAGAGUUCCAUCCAUUUCCAAAAAGAGUACCACAGCUUCUAAACAUCAUCAAGCUUCAGCUUCAGUUGAUGAUUGGAAUGCUUUAGAAAGAGACCUGAGUAAAACGGCUACUCUUGUCACAGGAUCUUUGUACGACCAUCUGGAUAUUAUACGGGAAGGUCAACCUCAGAUUCCUAGUAGAUCUGAUACUUGUGAUACUUCCAGUGAAUCUACAACUUUUGGUAUUGCCCAUACAAUUCCCAUGAAGGGGUAUUCCAGACCAAAGAAUACAAACCACUGGGAAGGUAAUCCAAGAGAAGAAGAAUUGUACAUUGGUUUAAGUAAGAAGGCUAAACCAGAUAAUAAGACUUCUUCACUGAAAAGUUCUGCUGAUUAUACUCCAAAGCUUGUUGAAAUCAGAGCGAAUAAGUAUAACAAAAAACCAAUUAUAUCUUCCCAUGGCUCUUCGAAAGACGCUUCUGUAUCCACUGCUGCAGGUGAUAAACUGAACCAUAAAUGGGCCCAUGAGAACUUCUUAUCUGGUGAAGAAGAUCAACAUCAACAUCAAGAAAUAACCUCAAAAAGUGCAACAGGAAAACCUGCAAAACCUUCCAAAACUUCAAGUGAUCCUUCCGUUGACGAUUUGCUUGUAACAGUCAUCAACAUUCGAGAUAAAGCUAAAUCAAGGAUUAUCGCCCGAUCUGCAGUCGAGAAACUAAAGAAACAUCCCAGUGUUCUCUUCCUGGUUAAAGCCAUAUUUAUUGAUGCCACCACUGGAGACAUUCUUGAUGACCAAAGGAAUGCCAUUGAAUUUAAUGAAAGAAUGAUUCCUGCUGCUUAA